UGGUAUUACAGGCGUGAGCCAUUGUGCCCACCAUCUCUGGUUCUUAACCUUCUGCCUCCCUCUUCCAGUUUUAAAGAAUGCUUGUAAUUACAUGGGCUCUCCUAGGUACUCCAGGAUAAUCUUGUUUUAAGGUUAGCUGAUGAGCAACAUUAAUUUUAUCUGCACUCUUAAUUCCCCCUUCCUAUGUAAUAGUGCUGUGUAACAUAGGACAUGAGCAAUUGGUGGCGGUGGGGGUUAUUACUUUGGCCACCACAGUCACUAUUUUAUGCCAGGUACUCAGCUAAGCACUGGUGAAUUAAGCAUGAAUAACACACACUCCCUAAUCUCCAUCCAUUCAUGGGAGGAGCACCUCACCUGCCAUGCUCCUGAGAAUCUCGGGAGUCAAAGAAGUCUUCUAUGAGGAGGUGAUGCCAAAGCAGACAAGUGACAGAGGAGUCAAAGCUAGCUAGGAAGAGAGUAGAGGUUUAAGGGGAAGCAUAUUAUAAGCAGAGGAUAUUACCCACUUCAGAGACUCCCAGAGGAGAAAGAGUGUGCGUUGAAGGGGCAGAUGAGGCUCAGUUGGACUCCAUAGCAGAUGAAAUGGAGAGGGGCAAGCAGUGAGGCUGCCUUGCAAGGCAGGGCAGAGCAGGGGCUGUUAAGGAGUUUGGACUUAAUCCCUGAGGCAAGGAGAAGUGAUGUAAAUGGGGGAGUAACAUGAUGAGAUUCAUGGAUUAGAGACAUGGCUCAGGCUGCUGUAGAGAAGGCACCAGGGAGAGCAGAUGGCUCAAUGGGUGUGCAGGAGACCUCUCACUGAGUUUAGGGAGAGGUUUUUAAACAGAGGAAGUUUGAGUAAUUUAAAUGAUGAUGGGAAGGAGCUAAAAGUGGGGGAUAGGUUAAAGAUACAGGAAAGUGGGAGGAAGAACUGACAAGUGAGGUUCCAGAGAGGGCAGGAGAAGAGGAGAUUCCCAUAGGGGGAUUAACACUUUCUUUUCUUUUUUCUUUCUAAGACAGGGUCUCACUCUGUCGCCCAGGCUGGAGUGCAGUGGCACAAUCUUGGCUCACUGUAGUGUAGACUUCCCAGGCUCAAGGGAUUUCUCCCACCCCAGACUCCCAAGUAGCUGGAACUACGGGUGUGCACCACCACCACACCUGGCUAAUGUUCCUUUUUUUGGUAGACACAGAGUCUCACUAUUUAGCACUGAUUGGUCUCCAACUCCUGGCCUCAAGUGAUCCUCCUGCCUAGGAUUCCCAGAUUGCUGGGAUUACAGGCAUGAGGGCAUGAGCCACAAUGCCUGGCCUCUGCUAGUUCUGUAUUCUCUAGAGUUGUCUUUACUUUGUGCUAGUGUGUCCCUCAUUGUGCUGAUCCUCUGUAAAAAUUAAUACCUUUUUUUUUUUUUUUGAGAUGGAGUUUCACUCUUGUUGCCCAGGCUGGAGUGCAAUGGCACUAUCUCGGCUCAGCACAACCUCCACCUGCCGGGUUCAAGCGAUUCUCCUGCCUCAGCCUCCUGAGUAGUUGGGAUUACAGGCAUGUGCCACCAUGCCCAGCUAAUUUUGUAUUUUUAGUAGAGAUGGGGUUUCUCCAUGCUGGUCAGGCUGGUCUCGAACUCCUGACCUCAGGUGAUCUGUCUGCCUUGGCCUCCCAAAGUGCUGGGAUUACAGGCAUGAGCCAUUGUGCCUGGCCAAAAUUAAUACUUUUUAUAUUAAAUUUACAUAUAUAUACGUUUUUUCUUUUUGAUACCGGGUCUCACACUGUCACCCAGGCUGGAGUACAGUGGCACAACCUCUGUUCACUGCAGCCUCCACCUGCCAGGCUCAAGCAAUUCUCCUGCCUCAGCCUCCCGAGUAGCUGGGAUUACAGGAAGUGACCUCACAAUGACUCAAGCUACCACAUACUGUUGAUUGUGAAAUGCCAGUUGAAGCAUAUGUCCUGCAAGCUUAGGGGUGCUACAAGUUGACCACUGCAGCAGUAAAGAUGACUCUGAAGAAUGGCAUGGGAUGGAUCCUUUCGAAGGCACUUGAGCAGCAGUCUCCAACCACAGGGCCACAGAGCUGGAGCUGGAUCUACCAUGAAAGACUUCUGAAUCCAGGAAGAGAGACUGACUGGGCAACAUGUUAUUCAGGGUCUCCCUCUGUUGUCCAAGGCUGGAGUGUAGUAGUGCUAUCGCAGCUGACUGCAGCCUCAACCUUCCAGGCUGAAGCGAUCCUCCCACCUCAACCUCCCACGUGGCUGAGACUACAGGUGCUUGCCACUAUGCCCAACUAAUAUUUGGAAUUUUCAUAUACGUGGAUUCCAGAGGGGUGACAGCGAAACGUGGGACCAUCCAGUUGCAGGAAAACAAGCUUAACACGCCCACUGAUUCUACAUUAUGCUCCUACCUCCCGGCAGCCUCUCCAGGCCCAGAACUUUCUCCAGUCAGCCUCUACAGACCAAGCUCAUGACUCACAAUGGCCUAUUUAGGCCCAUACCCUACCUCACGGCAGUCUCCGCAGAUGAGCCUACUGCCUCACAACAGCCUCCAAAGGCACAGCUCCAUUGUUACAAUGGCCUCUUUAGACCCAGCUCCUGCCUCCCAGCCUUCUCUCCAGGCCCUGAACUUUCUCAAGUCGACCUCACCAGGCCCAGCUCAUGCUUCUUGGCAGCCUCUCCAGGCCCAGCUCCUGCAUCUUGGGGGCCCCUCCAGGCCCAGCCUCUGCCUCCCGUCGGCCUCUACAGUCCCAACAUCUGCCUCACAGCAGAUUCUUCAGGCCCAUCAUCUGCCUCACUGUGGACCCCCCAAGCCAAGCUCCCAACCUUUCAGCAGCUUCUACACACCCAGCUCCUGCCACCCAGUGGCCUCUUUAGGCCAAGCUCAUGCUUCACAAGGGCCUUUCCAGGCCCAACUUUUGUCUCAUGGCAACCUUCCCUGGCCAGAUUCCUGCCUGUCUCCCAGCAGCCUAGACAGGCCCAGGUCUUGCCUCACACUGGCCUCUCUACAUCCAGCUCAUGCCUCACGUUGGCCUCUCCAGGCCCAACUCCUGUCCCAGGACGUCAUCUCCGGGCCCAAAACUUACUCAAGUCAGACUCUCUAGUUCCAACUGUUGCCUUCUGGUGGCCUAUGAAGGCCCAAAAUCUCCUCAAGUGGACCUCUCCAGGCCCAGCUCCUGCCUCCUGUCAGCAUCUGA